GGGUUUGCCUGUUUAUGAAACGUCAUCACUCAGCGACAGAACGGUCUUAUCGUUCGCGCCUGCGCACUAGCUCAAAGCAUUGUUGUUUCUUUUCAGCAUGGCGCUUAGCAAAACGUUUGGACAGAAACCUGUGAAGUUUCAGCUCGAGGAGGAUGGAGACUUUUACAUGAUCGGAUCGGAGGUGGGAAACUACCUGCGCAUGUUCAGAGGCUCACUGUAUAAAAGAUACCCGUCGUUAUGGAGAAAACUGGCUUCAGUAGAAGAACGGAAGAAAAUAGUGGAAUCCUCACACGAUCACGGCUACACUCAGCUGGCCACCAGCGUCACUCUGCUGAAGGCCUCGGAGGUCGAGGAGAUCCUGGAGGGCAACGAUGAGAAGUACAAAGCCAUCUCCAUCAGCACGGAGCCCCCCGCCUACCUCAGGGAGCAGAAGGGCAAGAGGAACAGUCAGUGGGUUCCCACGCUGCCCAACAGCUCCCACCACCUGGACGCGGUUCCCUGCUCCACCACCAUCAACCGCAGCCGGCUGGGCCGCGACAAGAAGAGGACGUUCCCGCUGUGCUUCGACGACCACGACCCGGCGGUGAUCCACGAGAACGCCACUCAGUCCGAAGUCCUGGUUCCGAUCCGUCUGGACAUGGAGAUCGAGGGUCAGAAGCUGAGAGACGCGUUCACCUGGAACAUGAACGAGAAGCUGAUGACGCCCGAGAUGUUCGCCGAGAUCCUCUGCGACGACCUGGACCUGAACCCGCUGGCCUUCGUGCCGGCCAUCGCCUCCGCCAUCCGGCAGCAGAUCGAGUCGUACCCGACGGACGGCGUCCUGGAGGAGCAGACUGACCAGAGGGUCAUCAUCAAGCUGAACAUCCACGUGGGGAACAUCUCGCUGGUGGACCAGUUCGAGUGGGACAUGUCGGAGCGCGAGAACUCGCCCGAGAAGUUCGCCCUGAAGCUCUGCUCCGAGCUCGGCCUCGGGGGAGAGUUCGUCACCACCAUCGCCUACAGCAUCCGCGGCCAGCUGAGCUGGCACCAGAGGACGUACGCCUUCAGUGAAAACCCGCUCCCCACGGUGGAGAUCGCCAUCAGGAACACGGGCGACGCCGACCAGUGGUGCCCGCUGCUGGAGACGCUGACGGACGCCGAGAUGGAGAAGAAGAUCAGGGACCAGGACAGAAACACCAGGCGGAUGAGGCGGCUGGCGAACACGGCGCCCGCGUGGUAGAAGAAGAAGAAGCAGCAGCAGCAGCAGCAGCGCCGGCGCCCCCUACAGGACGCCACUCGCCUGGAUCGAGGUACGACCGCCGUCGCAAAGAUGUCCCUCCGCCGCGCGCCGGAUCUUCUUUUUUCCUCCGCUCGACCGGGUUCUCAGUCCGUCAUUCACAAUAUUAUUUUGUAUUAUUAUUGUUAAUAUUAUGUUCUGUAGAGGAUCCUUAGCCCCCCCCCCCCCGCCCCCCCGUGGAGGAGCUGCUCGCUCACGUUGACCACUGACUCUCUACCUGACCAGAGGGAGAAGAACGACCACACAGCCAGUCGCAGAUAAUAUAUAUUGUUAUGUUGUAUUUGUUGUCUUUUUGUACAUUUUAAUAAUUC